UCAGUACGUAUAAAAAUGCCACGAAAGAAGUCAGAAGAUUUUUAUAAGAAGUUCGGCUUUUCCGCGAAGUGUGAAAAUGGAAAAUACACGGCCACCUGCACUUUUUGCAACAAGGAACUUCAAAAUACAGCGCUAACAAGACUUUCGUUACAUAGGCAAACGUGCGAUCAAAAGAGAGCGCUAUCGGAGACACAAUCCAUCAAUAUGGAGAGAGCCCGUCCAGUGCUCAAGAUCCAUAAGAUUACGCACGAGGACGCGGAUGGCGGCAUCGAUCAUGGGAACGAGGGCAAGGAGAUCAUUGUGAAGAUACAAGAAUUUUUGGACGAGUGCGAUGACGAUACAGAUGGCAAGGAGCAGGCGACCACGGUCAAAUCUGAACUUAUGAACAGCGAACAGAAUAGCCCCCACUUGAAUGUUUCAAAGGAGGAAGAAGCUAUGGAAAUUGAAAUUACUGCAGGGCCAGAAAGUCGGGAAUACGUUGAAUUUCUUGACGAAUACAAAGAAGUGAUACAAAGCCUAGACGACCCGGCGAAUGGUACGGACACGAACUUUGGAGAGAACAGACCGAAAAACAACCUGGCUUUGCUGAAAGCCGACAAAGCCAGGGCAGAGAUAAAGCAAUACAACAGCAAGGCCAUGUUUUUAAGGACGGAAACGGAAAACCUGAAACUAGAAAGGACGCUGACAUUGCUGAAGAUACAAAAGCUGCGCUUGGAAAUAGACUGUUUGCGCGCCCAAAGCUAAAAUUUCAUAUCUUAUCCACAUAUUUACUGAAAACAAUGCAAAUACAAUUCAUACAAUUCAUUCAAA